AUGGCUUCUAAACAAGGCCUUGUGCAUGUCUUUCUAGUCUCCUUUCCUGCACAAGGCCAUGUCAAUCCACUUCUCAGACUUGGGAAGCUUCUAGCUUCAAAGGGCAACCUUUUCGUCACCUUCUCGUCCAGCAAAUCUAUCGGAAACAAGAUGAAGAAAGCCGGUGCUUCCGCCUCUGGUGAUCCUAUUCCGGUGGGAAAUCGUGGUGGGAUGAUCCGUUUUGAGUUCUUUGACGAUGGAUGCUCUGAAGACAAUGACGAUGAACGGAAUGACCGUGAAACGUAUUUGAAUAAGCUUGAGGUUAACGGAAAGAGAUCGCUAACCAAAAUCUUUAACCAACAUGCGCAAGAUGGCCGGCCGGUUUCUUGUCUUAUCAACAACCCUUUUGUGCCGUGGGUUUGUGACUUGGCUGAAGAGCUUAACAUCUUUUCAGCAAUGCUUUGGGUGCAGUCUUGUGCUUGCUUUUCUUCGUAUUAUCAUUACGAGAAUUCAUUGGUUCCUUUUCCAAGCGAAAAACAACCGGAUAUCGAUGUUCAGCUGCCCCACAUGCCGCUAUUGAAGUCCGAUGAGAUUCCUAGCUCUUUACAUCCCUCUGCGGCUUAUCCGUUCUUGAAAAGAGUCAUUUUAGGACAGUUCAAGAACUUGUCAAAGACGUCCUGUGUAUUAAUGGAAACAUUUCAAGAACUUGAGGGUGAUCUGAUCACGUACAUGUCUAAAAUAUGCCCUAUCCGACCCGUAGGUCCCUUGUUCAAGAAUCCAUUACUCGAAACCAGCACCAAUAUCUGCGGUGACUUGAUAAAAGCCGACGAAUGUUUGGAGUGGCUCGACUCAAAGCCACCUUCAUCAGUGGUUUACAUAUCGUUCGGAAGUGUUGUGAGCUUGAGCCAAGAACAAGUCACUGAGAUGGCUUACGGGGUUUUGAAUUCUGGCGUAUCGUUUUUGUGGGUGUUGAGGAUGGAUGCGACUUUUACUGGGGUAUCGGGGCGGUUGCCCAAGGGCUUCUUCGAGGAAGCGGGUGAGAGGGGGAAGGUGGUCCAAUGGAGCCCACAAGCCAAGGUGUUGUCCCACACAGCACUGUCUUGUUUUGUGAGUCACUGUGGGUGGAACUCUACCAUGGAGGCAUUGUCAAGCGGUGUUCCGGUGGUGGCGUUCCCACGGUGGGGGGAUCAAGUGACGGAUGCCAAGUACUUGGUUGAUGAAUGGAAGGUUGGGAUUAGGAUGUCUAGAGGUGAGGAUGAGCAAAGGGUGAUCGGGAGGGAGGAGAUCGCCAAGUGCUUAAAGGAGGCCACUAAUGGUGAAAAAGCAGUCGACAUGAAAACGAAUGCGUUAAAGUGGAAAAAGACAGCGGAGGAGGCAGUGGCGGAAGAUGGAACCUCUGAUCGGAAUAUGCAAGAGUUUGUGGAUGAGAUUAGGAAGAGAAGUCUACGAAUGGCAGCAGAUAGAGAAGUAAAGAAUGACCGUUGUUGGACAAAACCCGAAUUGUUCCAAAUUCGACAUCCAAUUAACUACUAAAGUAGGGUUCUCUGGAAACAAACUGGGUUCAUUUGUAUGCUUUCAAUAAUUUUCCGUUUUCAUUUUUUGCUUUGUGAUUGUUCCAUAUUGGAUGCAAUUAGCCUCAGGUGUACUUGCUAGUGCUCUUGGUUUUUGCUGUUCUAAUUUCUCCUAUGUAAACACCCUUCAUUUGUUACAUUUAU